AGCCGCCAAGGCUAGAAGGCAGGAAACGGAGCGUUCGGGAGCUCUGGCUGCUGCUACUUCGGAGACUCGUUCGGCCCGCUCUCUCGCUACCAGCUCUGCUGGUGGGUGAAAAUGGAGUAUUAUGAAGCUGUCUGCUAAGCCGGUCCCCGGUUAAAACUGUCCCUGUUUUUUGCUUCGGGGGAUAUUGGAGAAGCUUCCUUCUUUGCGAUUAGACCGGAGGGUGAAACUUUCCAUACAGUAAACGGACUUACCCAUUAGUGACUGCCUUGUAUGUGCCAACAGAAAUCAUGCCGAGCAAAAGAACUAAGGUGUCUACAGCAGCCCAACACAAAGGUGAUGAGCCCUUGGAGAAAUCCUCUAAUGAUGGGGAACCUGAAAAAGAAGCCUCUGUAUAUACCACUGCAGAACCUCAGCAAGAAGUCUCAGAUGGAGUAGUUGACAGUCGAAGUUUAGAAGAGAUUUUGAGUAGCAUCUCUCCUCCCCCACCUCCAGCAAUGACCAAUGAAGCUGGAGCUCCGCGUCUCAUGAUAACCCACAUUGUAAACCAGAACUUCAAAUCUUAUGCUGGGGAGCAAAUUCUAGGACCGUUUCAUAAGCGUUUUUCAUGUAUUAUUGGACCAAAUGGGAGUGGAAAGUCUAAUGUGAUUGAUUCCAUGCUUUUUGUUUUUGGUUAUCGAGCACAAAAAAUAAGAUCCAAAAAGCUUUCGGUAUUGAUUCAUAAUUCUGAUGAGCAUAGUGAUAUCCAAAGCUGUACUGUAGAAGUUCAUUUCCAAAAGAUCAUUGACAAGGAAGGGGAUGAUUAUGAAGUCAUUCCCAACAGCAAUUUUAAUGUCUCCAGAACAGCCUACAAAGAUAAUUCAUCAGUAUACCAUAUCAGUGGGAAGAAAGCAACAUUUAAAGAUGUUGGUCUUUUGCUUCGAAGUCAUGGGAUUGAUCUAGAUCAUAAUAGGUUUUUGAUUUUACAGGGGGAAGUUGAACAAAUAGCAAUGAUGAAACCAAAAGGACAAAGUGAACAUGAUGAAGGCAUGCUUGAAUAUUUAGAAGAUAUAAUAGGAUCAGGACGAUUAAAAGAGCCUAUUCAAAUAUUAUGUCGAAGAGUCGAGCUAUUAAAUGAACAGAGAGGUGAGAAGUUGAACAGAGUUAAAAUGGUGGAAAAAGAAAAGGAUUCCUUAGAAGGAGAGCGGAACAAAGCACUUGAGUUUCUUUCUUUGGAAAACAAAAUGUUUAAAGAAAAGAACAAGAUAUGUCAAUACUACAUUUAUGAACUGCAGAAACAGAUAACUGAACUAGAAACACAGAAGGAAAGAAUACAUGAAGACACAACAGACGUCAAUGAAAAAAGCAGUAAACUAGCAGAUGAAAUGAAAGAUAAGACUAAAGCUCUGAAAGAAGUAGAAAAGAAACUUAAUAAAAUCACAGUAUUUAUAGAAGAAAACAAAAAGAAAUUUACACAGUUGGAUUUGGAAGAUGUUCAAGUAAGAGAAAAAUUAAAACAUGCAAAAAGCAAGUCAAAAAAGCUAGAGAAGCAGCUUCAGAAGGAUAAAGAAAAGGUUGAAGACUUACAAAAUGUUCCUGCCAAUAGCAAGGCUACGAUCAGCGAAGCAAAAGCUAAGACAGAGAUUCUAGAAAAAGAGAAGGAAAGAGCAGAAGAAAAACUAAAAGAAGUGAUGGAUAGUCUUAAACAGGAAACACAAGGAUUGCAAAAAGAGAAAGAGGAGAAAGAAAAAGAACUGAUGGACUUUAGCAAAAUAGUUAAUGAAACACGGUCAAAUAUGGAUGUUGCCAAGUCAGAACUUGAUUUGUACCUUAGCCGUCAUAAUAUUGCAUUAUCUCAGCUACAAGCAGCAAAAGAAGCUCUUCAGUCUGCUUCAACAACACGCAAGGAAAGAUUAGCUGCUAUCAAAGUUCUAGAGUCAAAACUACCUCAAGCUGAAGAUGAAUUAAGCAAGAAAAUGAAUGAACUAGAAAAUCUUGUAAAAGAUGAAACAGACAUAAAAAAUGAUGUUCGAGGCCUACGUCAGAAAGUGGAAGAAGCAAGAAGUUCAUUGGCAGUGAAUAAAAGCCGAGGGAAAGUACUUGAAGCUUUAAUCCAGCAGAAAAAGUCUGGUAAUAUCCCUGGAAUAUAUGGAAGAUUGGGUGACUUGGGGGCUAUAGAUGAAAAGUAUGAUGUUGCAAUUUCAUCAUCGUGUGGAGCAUUAGAUCACAUAGUUGUGGAUACAAUAGAUACGGCUCAAGAAUGUGUUAAAUUCUUAAAAAUUCAAAACAUUGGAGUGGCAACUUUUAUAGGGCUUGACAAGAUGGCAGUAUGGGAGAAAAGUAUGGGCAAAAUCCAGACUCCUGAAAACACUCCCCGUCUGUUUGACAUGGUAAAAGUUAAAGAUGAGAAAGUUCGCCAAGCUUUUUACUUCGCAUUACAAAAUACUCUGGUAGCCAAUAACCUGGAUCAGGCUACCAAAGUUGCAUUUCAAAAAGACAAGAGAUGGAGAGUUGUAACUUUGCAGGGUCAAAUCAUAGAACAGUCAGGGACAAUGACUGGUGGUGGAGGAAAAGUAAUGAAGGGUAGAAUGGGAUCCUCUGUUAUACUUGAGACAUCAGAAGAUCAGGUAAAUGAAAUGGAAUUUGAGCUGCAAACAAAAUCCAAGAAAGCCAUGCAGUAUCAGGAGCAAAAAGUGCAGCUUGAAGAAAUGAUAGCAAAAUUGCGCCAGAGUGUCAGAGAGAUGAGGAACACCUUAGAAAAGUACAGUGCAAGUAUUCAGAGUUUAUCUGAACAAGAAGCUCACUUAGAAGUUCAGGUUAAAGAUCUUGAAGCAAAUGCAGCUGCUGCUGCUCCAGACAAAGUGAAACAAAAAGAAAUGGAGAAAAAAUAUAAUGAUUUCAAGGAAGAUUAUGACCGAGUUGCUGCAAAGGCUGAUAAACUGGAAACAGAAGUUAAGAGAUUACAUAAUCUCAUAGUUGAAAUCAAUAAUAAUAAACUUAAAGCUCAUCAAGACAAUCUUGAUAGGAUAAACAAGGAAAUUGAUAACUGUGCUUCUGCGAUUACUAAAGCUCAGGUGGCUAUCAAGACAGCAGAUAGAAACUUAAAAAAAUCAGAGGAUGCUGUUCUUCGCACCGAGAAGGAGAUAGAAGAGAAUAGAAAAAAUAUACAAGACUUAACAGAGCAGCUAAGUGAACUAGAUGAAAGAGCCGCUGAAGUUAUGAGUGACAGCAAAAAAGCUGAAGAGUCCUUACCAGAGAUUCAAGAGGAGCAUCGCUCUGUGCUUCAAAAGAUGAAAGCCAUCCAAGAAGAAGAGCAUAUACUUCAAAAAGAGGCUUUGAGUAUUAGGCUUAAAAUUGAGCAACUGGACAGUCAUAUUGCUGAGCAUCAAGGAAAGAUUAAAUAUUGGCAAAAAGAGAUAUUCAAAAUAUCACUGCAUCCUCUGGAAGGCAAACAAGUGGAAGAACUUCCAGUGCUUAGUCAAGAUGAACUUGAAGCUAUUAAAGAUCCUGAUGUUAUUACCAAUCAGAUAGCUCUUUUAGAAGCUCAAUGUCAUGACAUGAAACCAAACUUGGGAGCUAUUGCUGAGUACAAUAAAAAGGAAGAACUGUACUUAAAACGUGUAGCUGAGUUGGAUGAAAUUACGAAUGAGAGAGAUACCUUUAGAGAAGCUUAUGAAGAUCUUAGAAAAAAUAGGCUCAAUGAGUUUAUGGCAGGAUUUAACAUUAUAACAAAUAAACUAAAGGAAAAUUACCAAAUGCUUACAUUAGGAGGAGAUGCAGAACUAGAACUUGUAGACAGUCUGGAUCCUUUCUCUGAAGGUAUCAUGUUCAGUGUUCGACCUCCAAAGAAAAGCUGGAAGAAGAUAUUCAACUUAUCAGGUGGCGAAAAGACACUUAGCUCCCUGGCUUUAGUUUUUGCUCUGCAUCAUUAUAAGCCAACUCCACUUUACUUCAUGGAUGAAAUUGAUGCAGCCCUUGAUUUUAAAAAUGUAUCCAUUGUGGCAUUUUACAUAUAUGAACAGACAAAAAACGCACAGUUCAUCAUAAUUUCUCUACGAAACAACAUGUUUGAGAUUGCAGAUAGACUAGUUGGCAUUUACAAGACAUACAAUACAACAAAAAGUGUUGCAACGAACCCCAAGGUGAUAACAUCAAAAGGACUUGCUGAACUUGGUUCUGUAGGAUGCUUCUGAAUCUGGAACAUGCUUUGAUUUUAACAGGUUGAUUAUUCUGAUACAUAUUUCCCAGUAUGCAUCACCAGUUAAUUGUAAUUAUUUUUAAAUUAAGCAUCUUUCUGAAUGCCAGACUGCUGAAAAACUGAAGCCCUUCAGCUCUCAGUUGCUACUGAACUAUCAUACUUGGUAUUCAGUAUGCAUUGGGGAAAGUUAUGGGUAGUAAAUAUUUUUAAAUAUUUUAUUCUGUGUUUUUAUUUGUAUGUUAAAAUAAAAUAACUUGUAGAAGCAUG